GGCAUCAUAUAGUUGCUUAGCACUGAUAGGAAUGGCGGUUGGACGCAUGUCGACUGCAGACCUCGUAUUUUCACUGCAAAACGCACUCCAGAAAUGUAAAGAACUCCACGGCAGCAGAUGUGAAGUUACGCCACCCAAGAACAUACCAAACUUCUGGAUUAUCGACACCCAAGAAAACUGCCUCGUGCCAGGUGAUUCAGUCGACAAAUAUGCAGCUCUUAGCUACGUCUGGAGAUCUCCAUUGGAUGCCAGCAGCAACCGGGCACCUACACAGAGGCAGUCUCAAUCGAAAAUUGAUGGCCGGGUCUUAGCAUUUUCAAAAAGGUUCAAAAUGCCAAGACCCGGCCAUCAAUUUUCGAUUAAGACUGAGAGGCUGAUGCUCCAACGGGACAAGUUGGAUAACUUCAGAAAGCCUGGAUUUCUAUCUUUUGAGUCUGGCGUCGCUGAAACGCUACCUGAAGUUAUCCGGGAUUCGAUGGACUUCGUGCGACAAUCUGGCGUGCGGUAUCUCUGGGUUGAUUGCCUCUGCAUCCCCCAAAAUGACGAGGCCACCGGUGACAGUGUCUUAUCGAUGAGGGAUAUAUAUUCUGGAGCCUAUUUCACGAUCAUAGCAGCUGCGGAAUCAUCGGGGUUAUACGGGUCGGGAGAUAAUAUUGAGAGUGUUGAAAAUGAAGAUGGCGUUCCUGAUGCUAGUAGCCUUCAUGGGGCACUACUCAUGACACAUUGGGCUACACGCGGAUGGACGUUCCAGGAACAAAUGCUUUCCAAGCGCUCUUUUGUUUUUCUUAAUGAAACGGCAUUUUGGGAUUGCCAGGAAGCUGUCUGGUGGUCCGAGUCGUUGAUCACCGGCCAGGAAGCAGAUGCUAGAGAACUCGGUACGCCAAAGGCGGGCAAUAUGUCUUCAAGAUGGAUAUCUCAAGGCCAAAAAGACUUCACGGGAACCAGGAACUAUAAGGCGAAUAGACAAUUAUCACGGGAUCUCAUGGCCCCGUCCACACCCAACUUCAGGCUUUACAUGGAGUUGAUAUGUCGGUAUAACCAUCGCAACCUCACCUACGCCCAGGAUGCACUGCCAGCCAUUGCCGGCGUAUUUGAUGCCUUGGCAAACAGGUUUUCGGGCGGCUUUAUUAGUGGAUUGCCGGCUAUUUUCCUUGAUUCUGCUCUUCUUUGGCAGCCUCUCCUCAAGGCGAAGAGGCGCGUUUGUUCUGGCAAGAGACCUGAAUCAUUCCCACCACUGCCGUCCUGGUCUUGGGCCGGAUGGCAAUGCCUGAUUGACCCAAUAAGCCUAGAGGGUGCUCUAGAUUACGAGAUCCGAGGUGAUAUUUCUAGGGGAGGCUUGGGAAAGUCUAUGUGUUCAUGGAGGACUAGGAAACUUGUUGAUUGGGUUUGCUCGACUACCGCGGCUGACGAGUGCGAGAUACUCGAACCGAGAAUACUAGAGCAAUAUAAAGGGUUGCGAGAUAACCCUUCCGAUAAGGAAUUGCCUGAUGGAUGGUCCCAUAAAACAGAAUAUACGGACUCUGAAGAAGGAGUAAAGCCGUGCGCGCCCACAAACAGGCCAAAGGACUGGUACUUCUAUGAUUCGAACGCUCAGUCUGCCUUUCGCUACCCCUUACCAAUAACACAUGUCCCACAAACCGUUGGAAAUCAAGGGUAUAAACGCUUCCUCUCCUGCACGACAUCUACAACUACAUUUAAGGUCCGAAGAGUUCUAUAUCCUCAUCGAAGGGCGAAGCUGAGGACUUUGCGUAAAGCUUAUGAUAUGCGUAAAUCUUGUGAUAUUUCCGCCCUAGACACGCAGCUAUACACAAAUGAGCCAGAUUUUAAGACAUACUGCCCCGUGAUAACUCUCGAAGACGAACACGGGCGCUGGGCCGGGUUGCUAAGGGUCAUGGAUGAUAAUAAAAAUAUUAAGGCCCAGCAGACAGUCGAAGUCAUAGCUAUCUCGCAGGGUAGUUCAUGUCUUAUGGAAGCUGCUAUGACGUACGAGGAGAGGGUCGACAGACUGGCCUGCUACCGGUUCGGGGGCAAUAGGAGCGAUCACUGCCAUUUCGCGUUGACCAAGAGUUUCCAGAAGAAGACAGUGUAUUUCCAAGGAGAUUCGAGGUCUGAAUGUUAUAAGAGUAUGGAGAAAGAGGCAGACGGGCGGGAUCAGGGGCCCUUCUUUCUCAAAAACAUAGAUUGUCGUGAACUCGGGGACUACGGACUACCAGAAGAGUGGGAGCAUAAGCGUUAUGACUUCUAUAACGUGCUCUGGGUCGAAAGGAGGGGGGACUUUAUGGAAAGAAAAGCUGCGGGACGGGUGCCUAAAGACAUCUGGGAGCAGAACCAAGGAGCACUGCAAAGCAUCAGACUCGGUUGAUGUCCCAGGUGAAUUCAGGGGUUUUCACUAGGCUAAACAUUGGUAGGAGUUCAUUUCGAAAGCGGAGAUAAUAUUUAAUAUUUGGAAAGAUUGGGUUUUUAGGUUAACUAUACGGUAAGUCGGCGUUUGCGUGUUUUGACUGCAACUGCUCUUUGCGGUGAUGCCUUGCGACUGAAAGAUGUGGAAAUUGUAGUGACGGUCCCCUUGGCGAUAUAGAUUUUUAUAAAUAAUGCUGUUAGUAUAAUAGUACUAUGCGGUGAUGGUAUAAAGUGAACAUGAGAUAAUUAAAUAUCUGGCCUGACCUGAGAUAUUAC